CACAAGUUUUUAUUACAGAUAUUAGUGAAAGAGUCUCCUUUUUCGGCGGCUAAAUGUCGGCGGGACGGUUGAAACGACGAUCAAGUAUCGGGUUCCCGGGAGCUAGACGGGACCCGGAAUCUACUUUUACUGACGAUCAGGAUGAUGAUAUUGUGGAUGAGGAAGCGGAAAGAAGAGAGCGUAAUCUGCAGAGAAAACAGCAACUGCGCGCCCAACAUCUUGAUUCUCCUUCAUCUAGUCAGGAGUCUAAUAAGGAUAGAAGAUCCGUGGGAGGCAUUUCAGGUUUAACCGCUACCCAGCUGGCCGAGCACUACAACAACUGUAUCAAGCUGUCAGCUGAGAACAAGAUCUCGACGAAGAAUGCUUUCAACCUCCAGCUGAUCGACUACAUGGCUCAGAUGAUCAGGAAGAAGGAGAGUGAUAUGUCAAAUUUCCAAGUUGCUGCUGGAACAUUGGACGCUUCUACCAAAAUAUACGCAUACAGGGUUGACGCCGUCUACGGAGAUACACUGAAGAUUGCACACGGACUAGGACAAUCUAAAAAAGAGGACGAGGCUGAAAGAGAGAGAGAUGGAGAGGAUGGGGAUAAUGAAGAGGAUGACCGGAACCAACCUGAUAAGAAGAUAAGAAAACGGAUAAAACGCGCCAACACAGUAGAAAAAAACAUUAAAAAUUUAAACAUAGUAAAGUUCGAACAGGAGUUCGACGUCGAUCCUCUCUUUAAGAAGAAGUCGAGUGAACUCGAUGGCGCUGUCGGCGGAAAUCAGUUUCUUUCCACUCUUGAGGUUCGAGAUGAAACCGGAGAACUUAUCCUAGAUUCAGAGUCGAGAUUAAGUUCUGAUAUCCGAGACCGAAGUCCUACUAAAGGUAGUGUAGGGAGUAGUACCUGUGAAAUGUUGAACUGGAACCUACCAGAAACUGCGCAAAUCUGCGAAACCUUCUCUCUGUUUAGUUUCACCACAUGGUCUCCAGACUCUAAUGAUGAUGAUGAAUAUAAUAGGUUAAAUGAAAGUAUAUCUGCAAGCCAGGAGGAGAAACAGAAGGAACAGGAUUCAUCUCAGAAGGAACACGCCUUUGAUGCCUUCGCUGUCCCGGAACCUGUGGACGACGACGGCGUAUACGAAGAUGGUGUAGCCGACAAUGAUUAUGACGACGAAGUCAGUGAUUUCAGCGAGCGAGCACACGGCCACGCAGCUGGACCACUGGCGAGAGGAUUUACAGCUACCCUGCCGAUGACGACGGCGGACAUGUUGUCUGCGCUGACGACAGCCCCCCUGGAGUACUCGUAUUUUGAUCAGGGUAAGCUGGGGGCCUGGGCCGGACCUAAACAUUGGAAAUUUAAACCAAUGUCCAGGCUUAACCCAGACGGAGAGAAAACUAAAGGAAGGAAAAAGAAGGAGAUACAGAAGCUUGAUUUUGAUGCUUACGACGUGGAUGAGGAGAAGGAAAAGAUGGACACGGUUGAAUUCCUCCUCUCUAAACCUAAAAAGGCGAUCAUGUUGGUGGAUAAGACUAUGAAGGGGUGGAACAGGGAGAAGACCACCUUGCCCGAGGAUCUCCACUACUCAGGACACGAGCUCGUCAGGUUAAAGGGAUGCGAUCAAAUAAUUGUGGUUGGGCACAAGAGUGCUGCUGAGAUGCAGGUGGAUGAUGUUGAAGAUUAUGACUACGACAACCCUGCGGACAGAAAUGAUUAUUGUCCCGACGUGGAUGAUGAUCAAGAUGCCUACGGUGGUGAUUAUGUUAGUGGAGGAGAAACCAUGUUAGGUUCUAGCCUAGAGCCGAAUUCUCAAUCCGACCUUGUCUCCCAGGGUGAAUACGGUGCAGAUGAUCUAGUUGAAGCCCCCAAGAUGGUUGACAAGGCUGCCCUGCAAAUUGGUUACGCCAAGACUGCCAAGAAGGUUGACAUGAAGCGGAUCAAGGCAGUUACCUGGAAUAUCCUUACUCAGGCUAGUACCGAGGAUAAGGAGAACGUAGGAGGGUCUCCAGAGAAGGUAUCUGAGAAGGAGGAGGAGGGGAAGGUGCAUGAAACCUCCUUCUCUCAUAUAUACCGUCUUCUUAAACAACCCCGCCGUCUACCCCCUAAGAUGACGGAGAAUCUCUCCGUUCCCCUCGCUUUUCUUGCUCUCUUGCAUUUGUGUAAUGAGCAGAACCUAGAGAUCGACCAGAAUCCAAAUCUUAAGGAUUUCACGAUACAUCAAGCCUAAAUAAGGAAACAAAAUUCAUGGAUUUCACAACACAUAAAGCAUUAAAUAGGAAACAAAAUUCGAGGAUUUCUUCUUGUACACUGUGACACAAGUCCGCCAAUCCAUCCAAUAUAAAUCAGUCAAGUCCUAAAAUCUAAAAUGGGAGUGAGUGUUUGAUAUGAAUUGAAUCAAUUGUUUUAAUUUAAUGGAAGUUUUCAAUAGUUGUAUGUUGAUAGGGAAUCGUCAUGAAAAAAAUAAUGAUUUUAUCAUUACUAUUUAUAUGUUGAUCUGGUUGUUAGCUAGCCCAGUCUCUAAAAACUUCUACCAAUCCAGCGCUUUUUAGUUUGCAAUGCCCUGCACUGCGCCUCAUUUUAAAGAUUCAAGGCCUUUCCCUUAGUUUCGCCGUUUUAUCGAAGUUCUAUGGCGUUAUGACAGAUUGGUUGAAAAUUUAAGUAUUUCUUAACUGUUUUUUAACAAUAUUUCUUCAGGACUAUUCAAAAUAUAUAUUAGCUAUGUAAACUGUUGCCUCUUAAACUAAAAAUAGUAUAUUAUUGUAUUUAAAAAAUGCAGUACCUGAAUAAAUGGAUAUUAACAAGUAUA